AUGACAUAACCGCUUUUUUGGUUAUGUCCCACUGACAGUUCGUUGUGUUUACAAGCUUUAGGUUAACAAAAACACAACAUCGAUGAUAUAACAGCCAAAAAAACAGCACAUAGCAAAAAAUGGAAUUAGACUUCUCAAAAAUAUGCCGUGUGUGUCUAAACGAAGGCAUAAUGAUGUCAAUAUUCAAAGUAAACGUCUCAAAAAAGAUCAUGGCAUGUGCCUCAGUCCAGGUGUGGCAAAACGACGGCCUCCCGUCACAAAUAUGCAACAAAUGCUCGGCCAAGCUCCACAUUUCCUUCCAGUUCAAAAAACAGUGCGAAAAAUCGGACGCAAAACUGCGCCAAUAUCUUUCAAACAUGACUCAAGAGAACCUCCAACAGCCGACACAACAACACGUGGAGCACCAACAGAUCCAGCAAGUGACUCAGCCCCAACAAAUCAACAAACUCGACGAACUAGACUUGAACCAACAAAUCAACCAAAACAACUGCGUGUAUAUUGAGUGCGCUCCCCUUUUAGAAAUACAACAGGAGCAAAAAUUCGAUCCGGUGUUUAUCCCAGCAUCUCAACCCCAACAAAUCAACUACAAUGUCCAGUCACAAAACCACCUCCAGUUGAACAGUUACAACCUGCAAGGAGUGAGCCAAGUCCAAGUCUACAACGGCACCUACAGCAUGCCCCUGCAACCCAUGCAGCCCCCCAACAUCCUCCACAACCAAGUCAUCGCCCCACAAAUGCAAAUACAACACCAACAACAAUUACCACCACUCCAGCCAGUUAUGCAACAACAGACAGUUCCGCAAAUUCUGGAAGAAGAUAAAGACAAAGGGAAGAAAAAUAGCAAGGUGAAAAGAGACAAUAAAGUGAAUGACACUAAACAGUGUCCCACUUGUAAUAAAAUCUUCGCCACUUCGACCAAAUUAAGCAGGCAUAUGAAGACGCACUCAACUGAUAUGCCGUACAAAUGCAAAGUUUGCAAUAAGGCGUUUUCACACAGCGGGAAUUACAAAAUCCACCUAAGAAUGCACACAGACGAGAGGCCGUUCAGGUGCACAGUUUGCGAUAAAGGCUGCCGGCAAGCGCAGGACUUGGAAAAGCAUAUGAGGACUCACACAGGAGAAAGGCCCCACAAGUGCAACCUCUGCACUCGCGCUUUCUCCACAAGCUCGAAUUUAAUAGCCCACAUAAGGACACACACAGGAGAGCGCCCUUACGUCUGCUGCGUGUGCCAAAAGGCCUUUUGCCAGUCGAACGAACUAACAAAACACAUGAGGACUCACACGGGAGAGAAGUCACACAUUUGUGACAUUUGCCAUAAAGGUUUUAAUGGUUCCAGUACCUUGAUUGUGCACAGAAGGUCGCAUACAGGGGAACGUCCUUAUGUUUGCUCAGUCUGUAAUAAGGGUUUCGCCCAAUCGAGUUGCUUGGCAGUGCAUAUGAAAAGACACAACGGUGAAAAAAAUUUCGCGUGUAACUCGUGUGAUAAGUCAUUUGUGACAAAUGCCGAUCUUAAGGAACAUUUGUUGACUCAUACGGGCGAGAAACCCUUUACUUGCAAUAUUUGUGAUAAGAAAUACUCAAGAGCCAAUGAUCUCAACAGACAUACCAAGACACAUACUUUUAAGGGCAUUGAGGAGAGCUAGCCCUUGUAGCUCGAUUUAUCAGUAUUUGAUUGAAGUAUUAGAACGUUUGGCCAAAAAUUUACGAAUAGUAUUUAUGUAGAUAUUGAUGGAGUAUAGUGUACUCGUUAUUUAUGAUAAUAAAUAAAUAAAUCCACGA